GGCGCUAUAAAUACCAGUGUGACAGCUAUGGAGGAAAACCAAACGAAACUAAAUAAAAGAAAAGCCAUGGAAUCAACAAUUUAUAGGAUUCUACAGGGACCCUACGAUUCAACAAUGCGGCUGGUGUUAACUUCACUGCAGCGCAACAUUGUACCCGACGUCAUCAUAAGAAGGCUUAUACGCAUGUUGUUGGCCAGUCGUCUUCGCCAUGGUUAUAAACCUUCAUGCCAACUGCAACUCUCUCAACUCCUCCAAUUUGUACGCUCUCUCAAAGAAAUGCCUAUACUCUUGAACACGGAUCAGCCAACGUCUGACCCUUAUGAAUUACCACCAUCUUUCUUCAAGCUGGUGCUAGGAAAAAAUCUCAAAUUCAGUUGCUGUUUAUUCAAAGACAAGACCACCACCUUAGAAGAUGCAGAGAUAGCAAUGUUGGAGCUCUACUGUGAGAGGGCCCAGAUUAAAGAUGGUCAAACUGUAUUAGAUAUUGGAUGUGGAUGGGGAUCACUCUGUUUGUUCAUUGCACAAAAGUACAAAAACUGCAGAGUUACCGGGAUUACCGAUUCAACAUUGCAGAAAACGUCUAUUGACGAGCAGUGUAGGGAUCUUAAGCUAAAAAAUGUAGAUAUCAUCGCUGCAGAUGUUAGUACAUUGGAAAUGGAGGCAUACUAUGAUCGGAUUUUUUCUAUUGGAACAUUCGAGCAUAUGAAGAACUAUAAAGAUCUUCUUAAGAAGAUAUCAGGGUGGAUGGAACAGGAUGGUCUUUUAUUUGUUGAUCAUAUCUGCCAUAAAAUAUUUGCAUACCACAUGGAGAGAGUAAUAGAAGAUGAUUGGAUCAGUAAGUAUGACUGGCUCACCAAGAACUUCUUUGAUGGAGGAUGUACGGUGCUUUCAGCAGGUCUACUACUUUAUUUCCAGGAUGAUGUUUCUGUAGUAGAUCAUUGGCUUGUGAAUGGGAAGCAUUUUGCUCAAACAAGUGAAGAGUGGCUGAAAAGAAUGGACCAGAAUAUUUCUUUCAUAAAACCAAUAAUGGAGACGACUUAUGACAAGGAUUCAGCCGUGAAGUGGACAGUUAAUUGGAGAACAUUCUUUAUAUACAAUACUGAAUUAUUCGGAUACAACAAUGGAGAAGAAUGGAUGAUUUCUCAUAUCUUAUUCAAAAAGAAAUAAAGCAACCAAGGCUAGCUAGCGGGCUUCACUUCAAUCUAAAAAAGAUGGCCAAAAAAAUAAAAUAAGAAACAAGCUAAUAUACAAACCAUCAUCUCUAAUAGUUUUUUUUUUUUUUUUUUUUUUUUUUUUUUUUUU